UCUCUCCACUCUUUGAUUAUAGCUCUUUAUCCACGUGUCAAGUUGUAUUUUUUAAAUUGUGAUUUGUUAGAGUUUGUUUUUGAAUUGUAUUUGUCUUUAAUUUGGUAGAUCACAUCAUGUCAGAUAAUAAAGACGAAGGUAAAUAUACUGAUUUACCAGGAAAUGUGGAUGAAAUUGUUGUUAGAUUUCCUCCUGAAGCGAGUGGUUAUCUUCACAUCGGUCAUGCAAAAGCUGCUCUUCUUAAUCAACGUUACCAAUUGGCUAAUAAAGGUAAAUUGGUUUUCCGAUUUGACGACACAAAUCCUGAGAAAGAGAAAGAGGAUUUCGAGCAAGUGAUCAGGGAAGAUGUUCAACUGUUGGAAAUUCAGCCUGACAUCCGUUCCCAUACCUCGGAUCAUUUUGAGGUGAUGAUGGUUAAGUGUGAGGAUCUAAUCAAGAGAGGAUUGGCUUUCGUGGAUGACACACCGGCUGAUGUGAUGAAAAGUGAGAGAGAGACAAGAACCGAGUCAAAGAAUCGUAACAACAGUGUAGAUGUUAAUCUAAACCUGUGGAACGAGAUGAAGAAAGGAAGUGAAAUUGGUAAAAAGUGUUGUGUCCGAGCAAAGAUUGACAUGAAUUCCAACAACGGUUGUAUGAGAGAUCCAACAAUCUAUCGGUGCAAAGAAAUGGCUCAUCCCAAGACCGGUGACAAAUACAAAGUUUAUCCUACUUAUGAUUUCGCUUGUCCAAUUGUGGACAGUUUAGAAGGUGUGACUCAUGCACUACGAACAACUGAAUAUGAGGAUCGAGAUGAACAAUUUGCUUGGUUCAUUAAAGCGAUGGGACUAAGAGAAGUUUAUAUUGUCUCAUAUGCGCGUCUAAAUAUGAUGAAUACUGUUUUAUCCAAGAGAAAGUUAACUUGGUUUGUGGAUCAAGGAAUCGUUGAUGGUUGGGAUGAUCCUCGAAUGCCAACAGUUCGAGGUAUCCUUCGUCAUGGAUUAACUGUUGAAGGAUUGAAACAAUUCAUCAUCGCCCAAGGAUCUUCUCGAUCAGUUGUGUUUAUGGACUGGGAUAAGAUUUGGAGUUUCAAUCGAAAGAUUCUCGAUGCUACUUGUAUUCGUCUAAUGGCCAUUGAAGAAAAAGAUUGUGUCACAUUGAAUUUAGAUUGUGUCGAUGGAACAAUUGAAAUGCCGGCUCAUCCUAAGAGAACUGAUUUACCAACACUCAAAGUCUCAGUUGGACCAAAGAUACUCAUUGAACAAAUUGAUGGUCAACAAAUGAAAGAAGGUGAUAAAGUAACGCUGAUGGGUUGGGGUAACAUAAUUGUUUCCAAAAUUACUAAAAGUGGUGAAGGAAAAGUCAUUUCCAUCGAUGGUAAAUUAGCAUUGGGAGACAAAGAUUUCAAGAAAACAUUGAAAAUCGCUUGGCUUAAAGGAGAAACUUCAGUGAAAGCAAAGUUUAUUUACUAUGAACAUCUUUUGAUCAAAUCAUGUUUGGGAAAAGAUGAUGAUUUCAAAGAUUUUAUCAACAAAGAUAAUGUCAGAAUUGUUGAUUUCCUAGUUUCUGAUACAUUUUUAUCCGAGCAAAAGAAAGGAAAAAUAUUCCAAUUCUUAAAACGAGGAUAUUUCAUCGUUGAUAGUGAAUAUGAUGAGAAGACGAUUCCUCACAUUGGUAAAGCGAAACCUGCUCAUUUAAUCUCGAUUCCCGAUGGAACCACCGAUCUUAAUAUUUACCCAUUGGAAAUUCAAGAAUGGAAGAAGAAGAUCCGUGAAGAAAGUGUUAAAUUAGCUCAGGAUGUUCCAAAAGGAAAGAGCAAAAAAGGUGAAAGUGCCAAAAAAGAAGCGGAAAAGCCUCAUAUGAACUACGAUGAAAUUGAUCCAUCAAGUGAACUCGGUUGUGUCGUUCAAGCGCUUAAAGUGAUUGGCGAGAAUAUCCGUCUACUCAAAUCUUCGAAUGCAGAUACAAAGAUUAUCCAGGAAAAUCUGAAAAUUCUACUCUUGAUGAAAGAGAGAUUCAAAUCAAUCACUGGCAAAGAUUAUGUUUCUCCUCCACCACCAAAAUCUGAACCGAAAUCUGAAUCGAAACCAAUGGUCAAAUCAAAUCCAACCGUUGUAAGUGGUGAUAGUAAUGACAAAGAAAAUGAUAUCAGUAAAGUUAAUCAAGGAAUUAAAACUGUCGGGGAUAAUAUAAGACAAUUGAAAAGUGAGAAAGCGGAUAAAAAGGUUAUCCAGGAAAAUGUUCAAAUUCUGUUGGAUCUCAAGACGAGAUACAAACAAUUAACUGGAACUGAAUGGGUCCCUCAACCAGCUAACCAAGUUGCUCCAACGUCUUCAGCUAAUGAAGCAGAUAAAUUAAAUGAAGAAAUCAAACAAGUCGGUGAUUCGAUUAGACAAUUAAAAGCAGACAAAGCAGAUAAACAAAUUAUCCAAGAUAAAGUUAAAAGUUUACUCGCUUUAAAAAGUAAAUUCAAAGAAGUGACUGGAAGUGAAUGGACUCCAAACACUACGACGACAACAACCACAACACCGACUGUUCCUUCAACACCUCAACCGGUUUCUUCUUCCGCUCCAAAUGAUGAAUCAAGUCUAUUACAAGGAAUCAAAGAGAUCGGUGAUAAAAUCAGACAAUUAAAAUCAUCAAAAGCCGAUAAACAAGUUAUUCAAGACAAUGUUAACAUAUUAUUAGAUUUGAAAUCAAAAUAUAAAAACUUGACUGGAAAUGAAUGGACUCCAUCAUCAGCUCCACCAUCGGCUCCAGCAGCUCCAACACCAAAAGUUACUACAUCAAAUGUGCCAUCAAGUGAAGCUGAUAAAUUGAAUGAUGAAAUCAAGAAAGUUGGUGAUACGAUUAGACAAUUGAAGGCCGAAAAAGCAGAUAAACAAAUUAUCCAAGACAAAGUUAAAAGUUUACUCGAACUAAAAGCGAAAUAUAAAACAGUAACUGGAAAUGAUUGGGUACCAGUUACAGAGCCAAAACCAACACCGGCACCAGUAAAGAAAGAAACGGCUAAAAGUGAAAGUAAACAAAAGACUUUAAAAGAAAAUAAAAAGUGUGCACCUAAGAAAGAAACUGUCAAAACGGAAGAUAAAUCAAAUGUUGGUGGAUCCAAGAAACAAACUCGACUUGGAAUCGAAGUUGGAAAGAAUGAAAAUCUGGCCGAUUGGUACACUGAAGUAAUUACUAAAUCAGAAAUGAUUGAAUAUUAUGAUGUCAGUGGAUGUUACAUUUUACGUCCUUGGGCAUUUGCGAUUUGGGAAAUGAUUCAGAAAUAUUUAGACGAUGGAAUCAAAUCUCUUGGAGUGGAAAAUGUUUACUUUCCAAUGUUUGUCUCUCAAUCGGCUUUGGAAAAGGAGAAAACUCAUAUUGAGGAUUUUGCCCCUGAAGUGGCCUGGGUAACCAAAUCAGGACAAUCCGAGUUAGCCGAACCAAUUGCCAUCCGUCCAACAUCAGAAACUGUCAUGUAUCCCUCGUUUGCCAAAUGGUGUCAAUCUCAUCGUAGUUUACCAAUCAAAGUGAACCAAUGGUGUAAUGUAGUUCGAUGGGAAUUCAAGAAUCCAACUCCUUUCUUACGAACUCGUGAAUUCUUAUGGCAAGAAGGUCACACAGCUCAUGCUGAAAAAGAAGACGCAGUUAAGGAAGUUCAUCAAGUUCUCGAUUUAUAUACAGCAGUAUAUGAACAUCUUCUCGCAGUUCCGGUGAUUAAGGGAAAGAAAACAGAAAAGGAAAAGUUUGCUGGUGGCGAUUUCACUACAACUAUCGAAGGAUACAUUGGAUCUAAUGGUCGAGGAAUCCAAGCAGCAACUUCUCAUCAUUUGGGUCAGAAUUUCAGUAAAAUGUUCGACAUUAUAUUCGAAGAUCCAAAUGAAGCCGGUAAAAAGCGAUACGCUUAUCAGAAUUCAUGGGGCCUUACAACUCGAUCAAUCGGAGUGAUGAUUAUGGUUCAUUCGGAUGACAAAGGGCUCGUCUUACCUCCUAAUAUUGCUCCAUAUCAAGUAGUAAUUGUGCCUUGUGGAAUCACAGCGACAACAAGCGAAGAAGAUAAAAGUAAAUUGAUGGACGAAUGUAAUAAAUUAAACUCGUCGCUUGUUUCAGCCAAAAUUAGAUCAAAAUGUGACCUUAACGAACAUUAUUCGCCUGGAUGGAAAUUCAAUCAUUGGGAAUUGAAAGGAGUUCCAAUUAGAAUUGAAUUAGGUCCCAAAGACUUGGUCAAGAAACAGUUUGUUGUCGCUCGUCGAGAUACUGGUGAUAAAGUUACUUUCAAUUUAGACAAUGCUACUAAAGAGAUUAGUAAAUUGCUAAAUGAUAUGCACACAAAUCUGUUCGAAGCAGCCAAGAAGAAUCGAGAUGAUCAUUUAGCCGUGGUAACUGAAUGGGAAUCUUUUCUCAGUAAAUUAGACGAAAAGUGUUUGUUGAUUGCUCCAUUUUGCGGUGAACCAGUUUGCGAGGAAACAAUUAAAAAGAACAGCUCUAAAGUUGAUCAAAGUGAUUCUAGUGGACCUUUAAUGGGAGCUAAAUCACUUUGUAUACCUUUCGAUCAGCCCAAGGAAAUUGAUGUCUCAAUGAAAUGCAUUAAUCCUCAUUGUAAAGGGAAACCACAAUUUUACACUCUUUUUGGAAGAUCAUAUUAAUCACAAUCAGAUGAUUAAAAAUCUAAUUUAACCUUGAUAUUUAUCCAGAUUUAUGUUAACUUUUUCGAUUAAGAUUAAAGCUUUUAUCCAUUAUCCGGAACCUCAUA